GGAGCGGCGGGGCCGGGCAGGGCCGGGCCGGGCCGGGCAGGGCAGGGCCGGGCAGGGCAGGGCCGGGCAGGGCCGCCCCCGCCGCCGGCGGCAGGAUGAUCGGCGUCAACAGCAUCAACAGCAGCGCCGGGCGCAUGCGGUCCCGCUCCAUGUGCUCCGUGCGCUACGGGCGCAACUACCGCGGCGUGGAGACCUUCUGCUACGGCUGGCCGCAGCGCUCCCGCACCCUCAAGCCGGUGCUGUACACCGACCUGGUGGUCAGCCGCCUGCAGAGCCGCCGCAAGAAGAAGCCGGCGCUGUACGGCUCCAUCAAGAACGAGAAGCUGCAGUGGGCCAUAGAUGAGGAGGAGCUGAGGAAGUCCCUUUCGGAGCUGGCUGACCCCAAACCCAAGUCCAUCAAGCGCAUCAGCAGCUGCAGUAACCCCUUCCUGGACUUCUCCCAGGACUCCAGCAUCGCCACCUACAAGCACGGACUGUUAGUGCGCAAGAUCCACGCUGAUCCUGACUGCAAGAAAACACCCCGAGGGAAGCGCGGCUGGAAGCCCUUCCACGCCAUCCUGAAGGGGAUGAUCCUCUACCUGCAGAAGGAGGAGUAUAAGCCGGGGAAGGCGCUGGCGGAAGAGGAGCUGAAGAAUGCCAUUAGCAUCCACCACUCGCUCGCCACGCGGGCGUCUGACUACAGCAAGAGACCCAAUGUCUUCUACCUCAGGACAGCCGACUGGAGGGUCUUCCUCUUCCAAGCACAGAACCCCGAGCAGAUGCACUCGUGGAUCACGCGCAUCAACGUGGUGGCCGCCAUGUUCUCCGCGCCCCCCUUCCCCGCUGCCAUCGGCUCCCAGAAGAAGUUCAGCCGCCCGCUGCUGCCCAGCUCCUGCACCCGGCUGUCCCAGGACGAGCAGGUGAAGAGCCAUGAGACCAAGUUCAAGGCGAUGUCAGCGGAGCUGCUGGAGCACCGCUCCUCACUGCCGGAGAAGAAGGUGAAGGGCAAGGAGUACGAGGAGCUGAAGCAGAAGGAGGAGUACCUGGAGUUUGAGAAAUCCCGCUAUGGCACCUAUGCCAUGCUGCUGCGGGCCAAGCUGAAGGCCGGCUCCGAGGACCUGGCAGCGUUUGAGUCCACGCUCUUCGACUCAGCAGGCGGCGAGGACGACGGCCUGAAAAAAUCCCGCUCCAGUCCCUCGCUCAACGCCGAGCCCUCCAGCACGGGCACCAAGGUGAAGCGCAACGUCUCGGAGCGCGCCAGCCGCCAGCCCCCUGGCCACCCCCAGAAAUCGUAAGCCAGGGGCAUCAGCCGCCCGCGCUGCAGCUCCCAUCCUGCCCCCUGGCACUGGGGUGGGCGCCACGUGCCCACCGGGACCCUGCACGAGUCCAUCCUCUUGGGGCAGGCGCUGGGGUGGGGACAGCCUUCCCCAGCCGCCAGCACCAGCCCGGUGGCCCCUUGGCUGGUGACUGGUGCAGGGCAGGACCGGCCCCAGGCGCUGCCGGUGGGAGUUGCCCCGUCAGACUGAUUCCUGCCCCUCCUUGUUCUGCGCUUGGCUGCAGACUCCCCUCCAGCUCCCCAGCCUCAUGGAGGGGACGGGACUGAAACCUGCCGACUGGGCUACAUUCCUUGGUGUGAGAACCCAACGCAGCGCAGCCAGCGGCUGCUUUCCUCCAGCUCCGUUGUGCCGUGUGGGAAAGAUGGGACUGGGCAGAGAGGCGCCAUCCAAGCGCCCUGUGUGCCGGCCCUGGCCCUCGCCCCCUCCCUGAGGGCUGGGGGAGCCAGGACUCCCUCCCUGCUGCCCCAGCUGCUCCCACGCCUCCUGCUUUCUUACAACUUUUGAAUGGUUUUUGUGAUACAGUUUUGCACUUUUUAGUACCAGAUCGAGCUGACCAACAGGGAGUUUUUUGGGGGCUAAUUUUGAUGCUUUUUGGGAACUGUUUAAAAAA